AUGUACAUACAUACACAGACACAUGUACACACAGACAUAUGUACAUGCACACACAGACACAUGUACACACGCAUACAUGUACAUACACACAGACACAUUUACAGAUAAACACAUGUACAUACACACACACGUACACCACCCAUAAAAAGUUGCAGUACUUCGUUAUUCACUCACAGAUCCGGGUACUGCACUCUAGGGGGAGGCAGAGAGCACAGCACACACUCCUUGCUUUGCUUUCACUGCGCUCAGCUAUUGAGCAGUCUGACGGCUCCCAGUGCCAAUGACAGAUCCGGCCUGAGCACUGAGCCUGCUCAGCAAGACGUCCCUGGGGGACCCCACCAUAAUAUCCACUCGUCAUUGGCGAGCGGGCAAGUGGAAAUUUCAAGGCCUGGUUUA